AUGGCUCGCAUAAUCUCGAUACCCCACAACAAUUUCUUCAGUUUUUCAUGUGGGGUAAACAUUUGGGAACCCUCAACAUUCAGAACUUAUGCCGAGCAUCAGCCUUCGAAGGGGUUUCAAUUGAAGCAAAACUUGAAGUUUGGAGAUUGUUGCAGCAUAAAGGAGGCGGAAAGAGAGGAUGGAGCGCGGACUAAAGAGAUACUGCUUGAGCCGAAAGUUAAGUGUCAGUUGAUGGAAAACGAGAGCAAAGGAGAGGGUUUCGAUUUUGAUUGGCCGCCAUGGAAUAAUUUUCCUCAAGGUUAUGAGCUCUCUGGUCGGACGUCGAUCGUCUUUGUUAUCUGCAACAUGGAUAAGGUGAAAUUUAGUAUUUCUAGAAUUCCAAUGUCACAUCAAUCCGGGUGGAAUGCUUCUGUGGCUGGAUUAGUUCAAUCCAAUUUCCUCUGUGGUUACAUACAUAGCCUGUUAUCUGGUGGUUGGAUUGUGAAAUCUUUUGGUGGGAGGUUCUCAUUAUUUCAGUUCGUUGAAGAAGACCGACGCCCAUUUGGAGCUGCUUAUCGAUCAUGGGAUAUACACCCACUUCAGGAGCAACGGGCCACACUUAACACCUUGAUGACAAUGCAAGUUGUUGGUGACAACAAAGGUGGCGGAGUUUUAGAUAAACCAAUAAUAGAAAAAACAACACCGGGGCGUGAAUCUGAGUUUGAUUUGAGGUAUGGAUACUUUUAG